CCAGCAUCGGUCGCCCGUCGUCCAUCUCCAUCGCUCUCCAGACCUCUGCCCUCUGUGCAUCGACUACAAUGACCCUCGACGUCUCCAAGCGCAUUGCAUUCAUCGGCGGCGGCAACAUGGCUUCGGCCAUCAUCGGCGGCCUCAUCGCUGCUGGCUACCCCGCCUCCAAUGUCUCUGUUUCCGAGCCCUACGAGGAGCUGCGAAAGAAGCUCAGCGCCACCUACGGUGUCUUCACCACGUCCAACAACUCCGAGGCCAUCGCCCACGGCCCCGCCGACAUUGUUAUCCUGGCCGUCAAGCCCCAGGUGAUGCGCGGUGUUGCCGAGGGCAUUUCCGAGGCCGUCAAGACCCACUCUCCCGUCGUGCUGUCGAUCGCCGCAGGCAUCCUCGCCAAGGAUCUCGAGCGAUGGUUGAUGGCCCACUCUGCCGGCAAGGUCCCGUCGAUCAUCCGAUCGAUGCCCAACACCCCCGCGCUCGUGUCCCAGGGAGCCACCGCUGCUUGGGCCUCCGAGACGGUUUCGCAGAGCCAGAAGGAUCUGGCCUUUGGUAUUCUUGCUGCCGUUUCCAAGAAGACGUACUUUGUCGAACGCGAGGAGUUGCUCGAUGUGGUCACUGGUCUGUCAGGCAGUGGCCCGGCCUACUUUUUCCUCCUGAUCGAGUGUAUCGAGCAGGCCGCCAUCAAGCUGGGCCUGCCUGCUGAUGUCGCCAGGGGCCUUGCUGCCCAGACUUGCCUCGGGGCCGGAACCAUGGCCGUUGCCACAGGCGAAGACCCUGCCGAUCUGCGACGCAAGGUCACCUCCCCCAACGGAACCACCCAGGCCGGCAUCGAGAGCGCCGAGGCGGCCGGGGUGCGACAGCUGUGGGAAAACGUUGUUAUUGCGGCCACCAAGCGCAGCGAAGAGCUCGGCGCUAUCCUGGGCAAGGACAACUAAAGCUGUCGGAGCAUCAGGGCCGUUGCACCCGGAACAGGGCCGGCACUCGAAUUGAAUGCUGAGCAAUGCGAAUCGGGACACUGCUUCUGGGUUCCCCGGAGUGAUGUGUCUGGACCGUGAAUACAUCCGCCCAUCUACAGCA